ACUUGACGACUUAGGUGAACUGAAUUUCCCAAUCAAAUAAAAUAAAAUUUUAAUGCUUUGCCUUAAACCUUUGAGGCUCAACUACUACAUUACGAGUUUUGAUUAGUUUCAUCUACCUCCAACUACUCAACUCUCUUCUCUCUGCAAACGACCACAAUGAGCUUAUGGGAUUACUGGAUUGAAGAGGCUCUUUCAAAGCUCGACUCUUUGCAACUCCUCCGUUCUCUCAGACCCAUUUACCUCCGCAAUGUACCAGAACACCCCAUCAACACUGCUUCCUCAAAAUCAUCCAUUGAAGAUGAAUUCCAGGUGUUCGACGAAUUGCAUACAUGGGACCGUUCCUCCGUUGAGAUUGAGAUUUCAGAUGCCACCUUCCAGAACUGGGUCCAUCACAUUUCUUCUUCUGGGGAUGAAGCUGACGAUAGUAGACAUGUUUUAGCUAAUCCUAACACAGGGGAGCGUCCUCAGAGUUUCAAGAAGCUACUUUUAUUUUCUGGAAAUGAUUACUUGGGGUUGAGCUCACAUCCUACUAUUGGAAAAGCUGCUGCAAAGGCAGCGCUAAAACAUGGAAUGGGCCCCCGAGGUUCUGCUCUAAUAUGUGGAUAUACCAAUUACCAUCGGCUACUCGAGUCAUGCUUGGCAGACUUAAAGAAGAAAGAGGAUUGCCUUCUUUGUCCUACAGGGUUUGCUGCUAAUAUGGCCUUGAUGGUAACGUUGGGCAAUGUUGGCUCUCUCCUGGCCUCUGGCUCAAAGCCUUUGGAGCAUGAAAGGGUUGCCAUUUUUUCUGAUGCGUUCAACCAUGCUUCAAUAAUUGAUGGUAUUCGUCUUGCCCAGCGACAGUCUAGUGUAGAGGUUUUCAUCUAUAGACACUGCAACAUGACUCACCUUAAGACACUGUUAUCAAGUUGCACACUGAAGAAGAAAGUUGUAGUGACUGAUAGCUUGUUUAGUAUGGAUGGAGACUUUGCGCCAAUGACUGAACUUGUGAAGUUACGAAAGAAGUACAAAUUUUUGUUGGUAAUCGAUGAUGCUCAUGGAACAUUUGUUUGUGGGAAAAAUGGAGGUGGAGUGGCUGAAGAGUUUAACUGUGAGAAAGAUAUUGAUAUUUGUGUUGGCACUCUGAGCAAAGCUGUUGGUUGCCAUGGAGGAUUUAUAGCUUGCAGCAAAAAAUGGAAGCAACUAAUACAAUCAAGAGGUCGCUCUUUCAUAUUUUCUACUGCUUCUGUAGUCCCUGUUGUGGCUGCAUCCCAUGCUGCUGUUAUUGUGGCAAGAAAAGAGAUGUGGCGAAGAAAAGCAAUUUGGGACCGAGUUCAAGACUUUCGCACUCUGACUGGAAUCCCAAUCACGAGUCAUAUUAUAUCUCUUAUUAUUGGGAGUGAAGAGAAGGCUCUCGAAGCUAGCCAGCAUUUGUUGAGAUCUGGUUUCCACGUGACUGCGAUCAGACCCCCGACGGUUCCACCCAAUUCUUGCAGGCUAAGAGUGACGUUGAGUGCAGCUCACACUAGGAAUGAUUUGGUGAGCCUCACAAAUGCACUAUCCCGCUGUAUAAAUCUCAAAGAAAUAAGUGUUAAUGGCUCAUCAUAUGCAUAUGCGAGGAUGUAGUUUUUCGUUCUUUUGGAAAACAGAGAUCCCUUGUUAUUGUUAUUAUGAUUACUGAAUUAAAAUAGAUACUAUUUCUAGUCAGAAUGAAGUGAAGCACUUUAAAUAUUA